ACAGGACGCGCCCACUGCUGGCUGCCGACUAAAACGCACCUGCGCGCACCAGAGCCACGGCACGGGACGCCGAAUAUUCAGCUGCAAGACAUGGCGAGGUUAAGCGAGCAUGGGAUUCGCCUGAGUUCCAUGAGUCCUUCCUUCCUCAACAGCAACUCCACCAGUCACACUUGGCCGUUCAGCGCUGUGGCAGAGUUAAUAGAUAAUGCAUCCGAUCCUGGUGUGUCUGCGAAACAGAUCUGGAUAGAUGCAGUGAAUGAAGCUGAUCACCUCUGCAUCACCUUCACUGAUAAUGGCAGCGGCAUGACCCCCAACAAACUGCACAAGAUGCUCAGCUUUGGUUUCACAGAAAAGGGCUCAGGUAAAGCCAGUCUGCAGGCCAUCGGCGUGUACGGUAACGGCUUCAAGUCUGGCUCGAUGCGCCUGGGUCGUGAUGCCCUAAUCUUCACCAAAAAUGGUGGCUGUCAGACUGUGGGAAUGCUGUCUCAGACCUACCUGGAAAACAUCAAAGCCCAGGCUGUCAUCGUCCCCAUCGUCCCGUUCAACCAACUAACCAAGUCGCUGGUUGUGACUGAGGAUUCGGAGGCCAGCUUGGCAGCCAUCCUCCAGCACUCCAUCGUCAGCUCCCUGGAGCAGAUACAGAAACACUUCGACUCGAUUCUCUCCAAAAAAGGCACCAAGAUAUUAAUCUGGAACAUCCGCAGAGCCAAAGAUGGUAAGACGGAGAUCGACUUUGAGACUGAUCCAAGUGACUUUCGUUUGCCUGAGAUUCAGAUUGAAGAACUGAAGAAGGGUCCGAGGAAAAGCGGAUCAUUGAGACCUGAGCACAACAUCCCAGACAUGCAUUACAGUCUCAGGGCCUACCUGAGCAUCUUGUACCUGAAGCCGAGGACACAGGUCAUACUGAGGGGGAGGAAGAUUCUGACCAAGCUGGUGUCAAAGAGGCUGAUACACAUCGAGCACGACGUGUACAAACCUCACUUCAGUAAAGAGAAGGUGAAGGUGACCUUCGGGCUGAACCCCAAAAACAAGGACCACUACGGCAUCAUGAUGUACCACAAGAAUCGACUCAUUAAAGCGUAUGAGAAAGUUGGCUGCCAGCUUAAGGCUUCGGGUCAAAGAGCAGGAAUCGGGGUCAUCGGCAUCAUCGAGUGCAACUUUCUCAAACCUGCUCACAACAAGCAAGACUUUGAAUACACCAAAGAAUACAGACUCACCCUCGGAGCUUUGGGCCUAAAACUCAACGACUACUGGAAAGAGGUGACGGAGAAGAAGGCCAGAGAGCGAGAGUUUCAGGCUGUAGACAAAGAUGAAAACGGCGGUGAUGAGGGUCCCAUGUGGUUGCAGUGUGAAGAGUGUCUGAAGUGGCGAAGCGUCCCUGCGAGUCAUUAUGAUGUCACUCCUGAAAACUGGAACUGCAGCCAGAAUCCCAAUCCACGUUACAGAAGCUGCUCUUCACCAGAGGAAGCAGAGGACAGCGAGGAGCUGUUAACGCCCAGCUACCAGAAGAACCACAAGAAACUAGAGCACCCCAGAAGCAGAAAACGAGAAAAAUCAUUAGAGGUUUGUGAGUUCCAGGAACCUGUAACUAAACAUCAAGGCCUCUCACGCAGCUCAUCAGAACCAGUCCAGCCCACCUUCCAGGACACAAACACACCUGAGCAUGCAACCACAAUACUUCGGCGUCAUACAGAGGAUAAGACACUUAAGCAUGUUGAGACAAACGCAGAUCGCCUCACAGAUCAUUGUCGAGACACACACACAAAUGAUGCACAGACACAGUCAGUCACAAACACGGAAGAGAAACCUGCUGGAAGUUACAAAUCCAUUAAAGACAAGAAUGAAACCACUGCGGGACAGAUGCUUGUGGAAAAUGAAGCAAAUGAUCAGAAUCUCGGAGAUGAAGAGUGUCACAAAAAGAAUAACGUGGAGGAGCGCAUGGACACUUUAAGCCACAAAAGGCCGUCAGAAUCAUUACUUCACUUUGUGAAGAAGAAGCGCUACCUCUGCGAAGACCAGCAGCCUGACUCAAGAAAUCUACCAGAUGAGCUGCAUCCAGGGAAACAAACAGACAUAUUCAAGAUCGUGUCCACGGAAACAAACAGAAAGGACAGCGGAGACCGAUUAGAGAACUCAGACACGCUGCAGCAAACCCCCAGCAGCCACACCUGGACCCACUUGUCCGCCUCCACCCAGACUGUGGUGGUUUCCCCGCUGAGCCGAACAGAAGGUUCACACAGCAGGACGCUGCCUCCAGAAGCAGGCGAACGGGAAGCCAAAGUGCAGAGGCUGGCUGGGUUGGAGAAGGAGGUUCAUAGGCUGCGGAGCCUUCUGGGUCUGGAAAUCACAAAGACAACUCAAUGCACAAUGACGAGUUCUGACAGCAGCGCAGAAGAGCCAAAACAAAAGGCGGAGAGACCAUCAGCAUCCACAGCAAACACAGAGGUCGGCUGCCAAACGGACAUGGCUGAGUGCUCUAGUUCCUCAUCCUCCAGCCCAGUUCAGGCUGCAGGACCCCAGGGGCUGCUGGCUCAGGCUCAGAAAGCUGUAUUAGAGCCAAAGGAUCAGCCAGAGCAGAACAAAACCAGGAAGAAUGAGAGUCAGAGCAGAACGAAAGUCAGUGACAGCGAGGACUGUGAGGACAACAGAUCAGCGCAGCAGAAUCUCCGCGACAUCCGCAACAACGUGGUGGUUCUUCUCACGGCCCUCCUGCCCCAACUGGACCUGGCUGGCAUCAGUAUGGAGACCACCGAUGUAGACAACAUCCUGCAGCAGAUCAUUGAGGUCAACUCACUAAAACUAUGAUCAGGACUAAUCCCAAGAUGAAGACUUGUUUUUAUUGUAUUUUUUUAUACAAAGUUUGGUUUGAUAGAACUAUAUGUAAGUUAAUAUACAGCAUGCUGUUGUAAUUAUCUUUAAAUGCUCCCUAUACUCAGUAAUGUCAUAUUUUUAUGGCCAUGUGGUAAACACUUUGUGUAGACAUACAAGACUGCGUGGCUUGUUAUAGUAACUCAGUGUGAUUUAAAUUACAGUCUAGAUGUAUACAUUGAAAGCCCUGGCACUGACUAGUAUACCAUGACAUUGUGCAAACAAAUCUGAAAAAUAGGCACAAGAAUAUUUGGUGCUAUUUUGCAUACACACCAAUCAGCCACAAUAUUAUGACCGGUAGGCAGGUGGUCAUAAUGUUGUGGCUGAUCGGUGUAGUUGCAUAAAAACAAACAGUUGUCCAGAAAUGUAUAUUCCCAUAAUUCACGAAACACCAAGUCUGACUGCCCCUAGUUAUGAAGCUUUCCUCUACACAUGUGUUGCUUGUUGGCAGCAGUCUGUGGUCAUAUAAUUUUUAAUGCAAGCUACAGUCUUUAAUAAGCUUUGUUGAGAGCCUGUGGUCCCCACUGCUUUUCUUUGGGAAAUAUUUCCUAAUUUUUCAAAGCAAAGUUGAGUUCAGUUCAGAGGCCGUGUCAUUUCGGGGCACCGUUCAUCUCAAGUUCAAGACCUUAUAUUGUCAUAGGUAGAAUUCUAGCCAUUUCCCAUUGAGAAACCAGACACAGCGUGCUAGAAAACAUGACCAGUGAGAAACAAAGAAAAAAAACAAACACUGGACACCUUAGUCAGGCCAGUAAAUCCAGAUCAGAAACAUGUAGCUCCAGAGUCAGAGAUAUCGCAGGAUGGUAAAGAGACAGGAGGAAGCAGAAACUACAGAAAGAGAAGACACAAAGGUACUGACUUGCACUUGUGGCAUAUAAAUGCAAGGAGAGUGCAUCAUGGGAAGCCUGGGCCUGUAGCAGCAUAACCACGGCAUGAGCCUCUAACCCUAACCCUGUAAAGUUUUAAAAGCCUGAUCUUAAAAGUAAAGAGGGCUUCUACCUCCUGAUCUGAUUCCACAACAGAAGAACCUAAUAACUGAAGCUCCCGCCUCCUAUUCUGCUUUUGUAAACUCUGUAAGUUUGUACUCUGAAAACAGGACUGAUAUGGUGCUGUGACGUCUUUAACCCUUUGAUGCACAACAUGGGUCAAAAGAUAUCCAUAUUCCAUUGAGUAUGGGUCACUUUUGUAAGUGAAAGUAGCAAAAACAUGGAGUUGCUUUUCAGUAUCACUUCAUGCAGGUAAAAGUACGCCGUAAAGGAUAAAAUAACUCCAAAGAUUCCUCAUAUUAGUGCAGGAGACCAUUCAGAUCGUUGGAUAAUGUGGUUCAAAUGCGUUUAAGUCCUGAUACGUGCGUUGUGCUGUUGUUUGUUUUGCUUGUUUUAUUAAAAUGAGUCAUAUAUGUUUUCUAUCAUCAGUUCUAUCUAACUGAUGGAGUAAUUUGUUUACUUAUAACUAAUAAAGAAGACUCCACAUGUUUGCAUGAAAAUACUGAAACUA